UGGCCUCUAGAUGACCAACAAGACAGGCUUUGUAGACCGACAAGGAGCAGUGCAGAUAGCUUGAAGCUAACGCUAGCUGUCAACAUUGCUAACCCCGAUUUGGGGCUUUAAACAGUCGUAGGUUUUCUAGCUUGGUCAAGGCCGGCUUCACUGGCCAAACAUGCAGAAAUAUGAAAAGCUUGAAAAGAUCGGAGAGGGUACGUAUGGAACCGUUUUCAAGGCUAAAAACAGAGAAACUCACGAAAUUGUGGCUUUGAAAAGGGUCAGGUUGGACGAUGACGAUGAGGGGGUGCCAAGUUCUGCUUUGAGAGAAAUCUGUCUUCUGAAGGAACUAAAGCAUAAAAACAUUGUCAGACUACAUGAUGUAUUGCACAGUGACAAGAAGUUAACCUUGGUUUUUGAAUAUUGUGAUCAGGAUUUGAAAAAGUAUUUUGACAGCUGCAAUGGAGAUCUGGAUCCUGAAACUGUGAAGUCAUUCAUGUACCAGCUGUUGAAAGGCCUUGCCUUCUGUCACAGUCGAAACGUUCUUCAUAGAGAUCUGAAGCCGCAGAAUCUCCUCAUAAACAGAAAUGGGGAGUUGAAGCUGGCUGACUUCGGGUUGGCUCGAGCCUUUGGCAUUCCUGUGAGGUGUUACUCAGCAGAGGUGGUGACAUUGUGGUACCGGCCUCCAGAUGUGCUGUUUGGUGCUAAACUUUAUUCUACCUCAAUCGACAUGUGGUCUGCUGGAUGCAUAUUUGCAGAGCUGGCUAAUGCUGGAAGGCCUUUAUUCCCCGGGAACGAUGUGGAUGACCAGUUGAAACGAAUCUUCAGGUUAUUGGGGACACCAACUGAAGAACAGUGGCAGACAAUGACAAAACUUCCUGAUUACAAGCCAUAUCCCAUGUAUCCAGCCACCACCUCACUGGUGAAUGUGGUUCCCAAACUAAGUAGCACAGGACGGGAUCUUCUCCAGAACCUGUUGAAAUGUAAUCCGGUCCAGAGGAUCUCUGCAGAAGAGGCCUUGCAGCACCCUUACUUUGCUGAUUUCUGCCCACCCUAAAAGCUAAAUUGCCUCUCACUGACCCGCAGCAGCCAGAAUCAAUCAUCCUUCCCUCUGUUGUGUCAUUAGGACCAACCCCAACAAGGCAAAUCCCUCACCGGUUUUCAAACACUCCCCUGCUUUAAUUCUGCUGUGCCUCUUUGUGGAACAAAAUCCUAGUGGCUCUGUAAGGUUUUAGGUUCUUUUAAGUUGCUGUUUAAUUUGGUACAUAUAAGCCUACCAGUUAAUUAGCACUAGCUUGGGAGGGUGCACUGUGUUUUGCAUUGAAUACAUUUUAUACCUGUGGAAAUGGUUGUCACCAAGAAGUCCAUUGUUCGUGAAAGAAUCAUGAAUCUGUGUUGAUCUCAUUUGGUAAAUACAUUUUGGAUACCAAAAAUUCAAAGUGCUAGCACACACUGCAUCAGUUAUCCAAACAUUACGGUUUCUGUUCCUAUUGUAAAGUGUUUUGCCAGUUUGCUUCCAUUAAUAAAAGUCUUAAGUUUGGUGCAAACUGUAGCCCGACUGAUACAGGAGUUUAGAUGCUAUUACAAUAUUGAGAGUUUAGAAAAUGUGAUGAUGUUAUAUGGGCCAAAAUUAUGUUUUUUUUUCAUAAACACAGAGCAUAAACAAGCAUGUCUAGUGAGGAUCACUUAAAUUUGAUUAUUAAAUAAUUGUGAUAGAGAUAUGUGAGGACAGACUAUUUAAUGGCAACACAAUUUUUUCAAUUAAUUAUUAAUUAUCGUAAAACAUACCUUUGGUAUUUCUGUGCUGCAGUUUGUUGUUUCUUCUCAGCCACAAUAUAUUCUGGUACAGAUACAUCUGUUAUAAGUUAAUAUACCCAAACAUUGGUCGAGUGGAGACCGCAGAUUCCUAAUGCUACAAAGUUACCAUCUCAAAGCAAAAGUAAAUUGAUGAUUUGUCAGUUUUAGAAUUAUAAGUGAAUGAUUAAUUUAAAAAUUGUUAAGGCAUAAGUCAAUGUUUUCUUUAUUUUUUUUUUCACACUUUAUUUUAAAAGUCUGUUAUUUCCGAAUAAUUUCCUAGGAAUAGAAUUACUGUAUGUCAUCUGGUACUAAUUUCUUUCUUUGAAAGGACCCAAUUUGACCUGAGUAAAUAUUGGUAGUAAAUAUGCACCAAUUGAACGCUCUCUCUGUUUUCACUGUAAUUAGUACCAUAUAACAUACUUCUUUCCUGGAAACAAUUACAGAUCUGUAAAAUACACUGUUUUGUGUUUUUUUUUGUUGUUUUUUUUUUGACCAGAACAGACUACAGGCUUGUAAUACUGAUUUUUCAUAAACCAACAGUACGACUGUCCCACUACCUAUUACAAGAUUGUAUAAUAGCAUUGAAAGUUAAUUUAUAAUUUUUUUUUCUCAGGCUUUUUAUUUCCCCUUUUUGAAUAUGUCUCUUUGUGCACUUUGUAAUAGACAGUUUUUUAAUCGUUUAGUUAUCAAUAUUAUCAAAUAUUUUGAACACUGACAGCUAUAUAACUAUAUAUAGUUACACACACACACACACACACACACACACACACACACACACACACACGUGUAUUAAUGACUAGUGGACCAUUAGUGACACAUUAUCUUUUUUCAUUUUUGUUGUAUUUAUGUCCUAGUUUUUCUGAAAUGCUUUUAUAAUAGUUAAAUUAGAGAGGACAAAAAUCCAGAUAAUCCACUGAUAAUCUGUAUUUUCAUAUGAUUGUUUUGCACCAUUAGCUGUUUCCAUUUUGGUUACUUGUUAUAUUAACAUGGUCAACAGCUUGCAGUGUUAUUUUACUCCAGAUUGUUACAGUGCUACUUAUCCUAUAAAGGCCUACAUAAUGAGUUGUUUGAAUUAGCUGUGUUAACAGGGAAAGGAUUUAUUUUCAUUGUGCUGAUGUAAGACAAGAUAAUGGAUGCAUGUAUUUAUUAAUGAUGGAAUGUCUGCGCAUGUUUUUGUAUACAUUUAAAUGUAGAACAACUUUAUUUGGUACAGAAACUCAUUUUGAAUGAUUUAAUGAAAGUCAUCUAUUGCAUUUAGCAGGCUCUUUUUAGCAGGUUGUGUGUGUGUUUGUGUGGUUAUAAUGAAAAAACACAAACAUUUUCUCUCAGUAUUUCAUUAUCCUGUGAUUACAGGACAUUCCAGACAAAAUUCUGUAGAGUUACUUUAUGCAGCUUCAAAUUUAAUUUUGAAUGAAAAGUGGAUUUUGCA